ACCAGUCGCUUGUAAUUUCACUCACGUCGCGGACUGGCUAGUGCACCCUUACUACCAUAUUCACUGUUCUCCCUUUUACGUGAAUAAAACCCCACCACUUGACUACUUGUCGUUACUGCAAGUGGCUUUACAAACACGCCCCGCGUAUCGAAGACACCCGUCAAGCAUAAUAUCUCUUCAGUAUAUCGAUAACUCAACAAAUCGAUUACGUUCAGUCCGCCAACAUGUAUAUCAGCCUUUUCCUCAGUGCUCUCGCAGCAACUACCCUGGCAACACCCAUCACACCACGACAGACAACCCAAACUGGCGCGAGCGAUACAUGGACACCUGCAGCAAACUCCAAGACUACUUGCGAUACUACUUGCGACAAGUUCAUCAGUUUCGCGCAGGGCUCUCAGCUUGAGGCCGCCGUGAACAACGCUUGCGCUGCUAUGAUGCCCGCCUGCGCCUACCAGGAUCGUCUGCCUGAGGGCACUUUCUGCACGGCGACGAUAGACUACAAGCUGGAUGGCCCUAAGAACAGUACGCAACAAGCCAAUGUGGUAGAUUCAAGUGCUACGUCUAUCGGGGACUGGGAUGUCCAAUUCGAAGUGACCCCUGCUGCGCAACCAGCAAACUCACCUGGGGUUUUCUGGACAGUAGGAGACUGCUAUGGCUACUUCGCUCAUAUGCUCCAAAAAUCGACUCCAGAUGGCUGCUUCAACGGUGUCGCUGCUAGCAUUGGGAGCGUCAAGGUUGGUGGCGACAGCACGUUGGCUGGUACGGAGUUCAAGGUUGCAGUUACCCCUAAGACGAACUAAACUCGCAAGCCUUGUGAAGGCUUCACUUUGGCUCGUCACUUUGGAGGAUGGAGGUGCGGUUUGGUGGAUAGGACACCCGCGUACUACCGGUUAUAUGUAGUGAUCUUCUAUAAUUAAUCUGACUAUCCAAAUAUGAACAACACUUGAUCAUUUGCGUA